AUGGCUGUACCAGAGUUCCACGUCGUUGGCGAUGCGCUCGUUGACGUCAUCGCCAGUGGCCUUGCCCGAAUACCAUCCUGGGAUGGUGACGCAGAUGCCGCCAGCAUCGACGUGAAGAUAGGCGGGAGCGCGCUCAACACGGCCGUGCACCUGGCCUCUCUCUUGCGGGGGCGCUGCCCUGUGUCAUUCUAUGCUUGCGUCGGCAAGGACGCCUUUGGGAAGAUGUUGGAGUCCCAUUUACGGUCAGCUUCAGUCGAAAGCCACGUGGCGGUGUCCUCGAGCUU